AUGACUGAUGAAGAAGAAGAAUCCACCAGUGUACCUCAACACGUGUCUCGGCUAAACGUGCCACCACAAAGAGUCCGAACACGACACAAAAGCAGUAGUAGGGCUCGAUCACUUUCUAAAGGACAACCUCACGAAGACAGCCCUCAUUCUGAGAGCAGAGCCUCCUCACAUACUCGCCAUUACCGUGUGCAGCGAUCUGAACUAGGAAAAGGUGUAAUUUAUUUACCGAAGGAAUUCAACCCCGUCGCUUCUAUACAAGCUUUGGAGGCACUAGACCAUUUUAGAACAAAAUGUUUCUUUAGUAAAGCCGAAGACAAAUCUAAAGAAACGGUGACAACACUAAAUUAUUUUCCCGUCCAACAGGAAGUCAAAAAGCUGAGUAGUACCACAAAAGAUUCUUCUGAAGACACAGCGUUCACCAAUCACAUAUUUCUCGCGUCCUACGAUCAAAGUUAUUUUAAAAGGUUUAGUCAGGACGCCCAUUUAGAGUCUGCAACGAAAGAAAGGAAGGCCAGAUCUUUUAAUUCGAGAUAUACAACGGAUGCUAGCGUUUAUAAACAGUUCGUAACGGAGAGUCGUCGUCAGGAUAUGUUAGUUAUCGGGUGCCUUAUUGUUGAAAUUUUCUUACAUCAAUAUAUGAGACCAUUGAGGAGUAACAACGAUAGCUUCAUGGAUCGGUACAAUAGCUGUAGGACUGUCUUAAAAUAUAAUUUUAAUGUAUUACCCAAAUGUGUUAGUUACAUAACAUCUUUAUUGUUAAACGUUCAACCUCCAAGUUUAAGCUUUAAAAAUCAAUUGUCUCCCAAAGACGAGUCAUUUAAAAAGAUAAUAGUUACCGAUAAAGGUUUGCCUCCGCCGACUGCGUCUCAGUUGCUACAGCCAUUGCUAAUGCAGCACCUCAUACCAUUCCCGCAGACCUUCAAUAUCUUAUACAAACUUCUUUCCACUCUUCAUGAAUACGAACUGACAAGCAACGAAUUAAAUAUAUUGUUUAUGUACGAAUGUGAUGGGACUCAAUGUGAGAAAUAUCAGAGUAUUGAUAAGACAAAAUUGCAGUUUAAUCAACAAAUAGCUGAAGGGAAAAUCCAAUCUUGUGUGACGCAUUUAGACGUUCUUUUGAGUCAGCUCACAUGUUACAACCAGUUUGAUGUCCUCGACAUAUUUGUCAUGCAUUACGUAGAUCUGUUACGUAAUCGAGAAACAUCAGUGUUAGCUGCAUGGUACUUGUUCGAUACUGUAAGCAAAGCUCUGGGACAAGCCGCAACGAAAAAGAAACUUCUAAAACACAUAUUGUACCUUUACGAAGACGAAGAUGUAACAGGCGAAAAACAAACGCGUCACAAAUUAACAGAUGUCGACGUAUCCAUAGAAGCUACAGUUUUGUCGAACAAGCAAAAGUUCGUAAAAUUAUACCAUAACAUUUUUCUUCUGCAAUUGAUGGUAAGGCUGGGCCUGCAAUGUUUCCUAGACAAUUUCACUCAACAUCUCGUAGAAGCAGUAGGUGGUUAUAGAGAUGAUAAUUCAUCAGCGGUUGGGUCUCCUGGACAUCUAUGUAACAGUAAAUCAGCAGCCAACAAGAAACCUAGAUACUCUGACGAUAAUGUUAAAAGUGCUCUGUCGACCACUACUGAUAUAUUCUCUCCAGAUACAUCAUACGGUUCAGAGCACAUCGCGACGCCCAAUGUAGAAAAGUGUCUGGUCGAUGUGCCCGAGACUUUGAAGGAAAAGGAUAGCGGCGACACAAGGAUAAGCGACAGUGAUUUGUUCCAUUUCGAAAGCGAUAGAGAUAGGUUACCUAGUCGAAAUAUUAGAAGCAAAUCACCAUCAGAAUCUAUCGACUCUUGUCACUCUAAUCCUCCAAACGAAACAGUCCUACAUUCUCCCUCGUCAUCGACAGAAGUAUUUUCACCGGCUACCUCGAAAUAUUUCACGCCCCAUUCUAAUACCCAAGAUUUGACUUUGAUAGUUAAUAAUCCACCUGAAGCGACUCCAGAAAAUUCCAACAAACCAAUGUCACCUACUAUAGACAUUCCAACGAAAACAAUGUUCACAAGCUAUUUGCACUUUGCCAACGAUGAAUCUAGGUCGGAUGAAGUGGAGGGUGUACCCUAUUCGAGGCAAAUUAAAAGUCUUGAACUGGAUAGGAAUUUAGAAGGGUAUCAUGCUCAGACUUCUCGUAGCUGCACUGAUGUUAUCAGCGACCCAUGCAAGGACUAUACUCCGUGCAAAAUUUCUGAUAUGAGUUCCGAAAGUUUGAUUUGGUUGGCUCACCGAUUGGGACCAGUACUUACAUGUAGAUAUAUAGCUAGAAAUUUGCUCAAAAUGCUGACUUUGUGCUACAUUGGAAAGGAUAACCUUACUUUGUGGGAAGGGGAAGAAAAGGAUGAGUUUGAUGAGAUAUCUAUUGUAGAAUGUCGCGUUGUUGGCGACAGGAAUGCCAGAAAAGUCAUAAAGUGCCUCACUUCUAUUGUAGCUAUGUACGGGGAGCAGCUGAUAAUAUUCCAGUAUCUUCCUCAUAUGGGGGAACUGAUAGCUUCAUGCCGUCGCCGGCUGUCAGCCCCAUUGGAAGGAGGUGUAGUCGCCUGUCUUCAACUAGUCAAAUAUCUUCUGCCUUACAUGUCCGAUGUGAAGGUCAUGGAACAAUUAUUAGACACAUUCCUAAAGUCAAUCUUGCAACCAGCGCUGCGCCUAGCGUCUACUAGUCGUUGUUCAUAUCCCAGUGGCGCUGUAGCGAGAUCAGCUCUUGCUCGUAAGCUGCUUGAAGCGCUACAUGUUCUAGCUCUUCGCAUUGGACCCGAGAUGACACGCAUGCACCUUUGCGUACAUGCUUUGCAGAGAUUUUUCUUAGCAUUCGACAAAGCGACUGGAAAGACUGAAAAUUGGCCAAAACAAGAGGAUACUAAUCCUGAGAAGAGUUCGGAGGAGUGUUUAGACCCGGCGGACGGUAUAGUGGAGUUGUGCCGUGAUGGUUCUACAUGCGAAUGGCGCGUUCGUGAGGGGCGCGUGCUCCGCGCGGACUUGCCGGACCUCGCUUGCAGUCCGCCCGCUACACACGAUCGGUCCGCAGACUCCACCGCCCUCACGGCCCAGGAAGAGUUAUUAAUGGUGUUCGAUGAAGAGCUCGCUUACAAAGCGUACACAACGUUCGCCGAUUUCGUGGGCGCGGAUGCUAUGGAGCAGUGUCUCAAGAACGGUGAUACGAUACGUUCACUUUGUCGCAAAUAUGAACAGACUCACUGCAUAAGCUCUCCCCUAAUAAUCAGAUCGGAGAAACGCGUUCAGACCUCGUUUAGUGACGAGCCGAUUAGCCGAAAGACGAUCGAUAUAACGCCGACGAAGGCCGAUCUCUCCGACCACAUGUCCGGCUCAAACAGUUUUGGUUCGAACGUGACCUUGGUCGGUAACAGAAUCGAUGUGGCAGCUGAACCAGUGGCAACGGCUAAAGGAUUGGACGUGGUCGCUUGCCAGAUAGAUAACGGACCCAAAAGUAAUAGACAUCUUCGCGGCGACUGGCUUAUAUACUGGGAACACGAGAUUGGCCGUCCAGAUAAAGAGAACCGUUUCAAUUUGAAACAGAUCAAGCUGCAGACGUUCAUCGGUCACACGCAGGCGGUAAAGUCCAUACACUGUCUGGACAACGAGCAUAGCUUCAUGAGCGGCUCGAAGGACAAGACCGUACGCUUGUGGUCCCUACGGAAUCAGGGCGAUGGUAAUGCAUCAACUCUAUGUAAUUGGACAUAUACAGGUCAUAAGAAGGGCGUGUUGUCACUCACAUUCCUCGAUUCGUUGCGGCUAGCGGUCUCUACCGAUUCAGUGGUACACAUAUGGGAUCCGUUUAUGGAGAGUGUUGUGUCGCAGUUGGACAAUAUAAAAGUGCCAGUGAGUAUAGUGCGCACGUUGGGUGGCGCGUCGACCGCUGUACUGGCGGCCACAACUGACGCCACGCUCAAGUUCAUAGACGCGCGCGCAUGCAAUCACACGCACGAUCUAAAGUUGCCGAUGAGCACGUCCACGUUCGUCCGUUGUAUGUGUGUGUGCGGUGAGGGGGGGUGGGCGGCGUGCGGGCUCGCCAGCGGUCACGUGGCCGUCAUAGAUCUGCGUACAGGCCUCCCGCUCGCACACUGGAAGGCGCAUGACGGAGAGGUACUAAGGUUGGCGGUGGUGGAUGAACACAGACUGUUGAGUUCUGGUCUCGACCAAGCCACGGCGCUUUGGAGGCCCGACGACGGUGAACUUAUUGCACAUCUCAAAGGUAACACAGAACCUGUCCACUGUCUCUCCGUGUACUAUAACGAGCUGAUCUCCGGCACCACUAACAAUCGGAUAGGUGUACACACUUCACUAGGCACGGACGCGUCAUUCUCCAGUACUAGACUACGGUCGGAUACGUUCAGGGGAGUGUUGACCUGCCUCGCCACUUUACCCUUGAAUCGGCUAUUGUUAUUGGGAAGUGACACGGGUACUAUUAGUUUACUUUGCUGAGUGCUCUUGUUGGAAAACUAAGGUGCUGUGGCGCAGUAGCGUAAAUUGAUCACUUAACUGUUUUGAGAAAAGCAUUUUCAAUUGUUCAUAUGAUCAUAUUAAAUCACUAUCAGGUUUGGUUUUCCCAAAUAAGUGUUGUUAAAUAAAGAAGGGAACAUAUUUUUAUUCAUAUAUUUGGAUUGCCCGCGAUAACAUUCAGUCGCGUGACAUUUUGAGUUGUGACGUCACUUAACAAUAAUGUCUAUAUAAUAAUAAUUAAUUUAGACGAACUAGGAUC